AAGUCGUUGUCGAGGAUCUUGGCCUGACAGCUUGUUUUUACGACCCCUCCUUUUUUUUCCAUGCCAAAUCGCCACUAGUAACUUUGAGAUACAGGAUACGCAUUCAUUUCCGGACUCGAUCCCGUACAUCCAAUACCUGCAUGCCAGACAUCAUGACACCAGAGAGCCUACGCAAACAGUCACGACUACCCUCAUCACCAUUAGCAAAGCUUUCCCUAUCCCAUACUGAUGACCCGGUCAUACCCGCGCUAGAGGAUUACGAUAUUCACCCAGUACAUGGCUUCUUGCCGGCUGAUCCACCACCACUGCAGCGUUUGCCAGAGUACUUUGAACCUUGGGAGAAAAUCUUGGACGAUCUGAGCCCACUGUUGAUUGCAGGUGCUUUGCGGAAAGCAGUCAAGCAGUUACCUGUAUUAGCGACGGACGUCCUUUCGACGAAACGUGAAUGGCAAAGAGCGUACUUGGUACUCUCAUUCAUUGGUCAAGGAUAUGUGUGGGGGAAAAAUGAAGAUGUUGCAGAGGUGCUUCCUGUAGCCCUCGCCAGACCAUGGUACGAUGUAGCACAGUAUCUCGGACUCAAACCGGUAAUAACGUACGCCGCUGUGGAACUAUAUAACUAUCGGCUACUUGAUACAAACGGGCCGUGGGAUUUAAGUAAUUUUGCAGUCAUGAACACCUUCACAGGUCCUGAUGAAGCAUGGUUCUACUUGAUCAGUAUUGCAACCGAGUCAGCUGGCGCUCCUGCGCUGCCAGCGAUCGUCGCCUGCCUUCAUGCUGUUGUGAAACAGGACCUCCCCGCCCUUGUGGCGAAUCUCAAGAUAGUCGCCGAAGCUAUUGAGGAUAUAACGAAGGUUAUGGUCAGAAUGUACGAAAAGAACGAUCCACACAUUUUCUAUCACCGCGUACGGCCGUAUUUGGCAGGUUGGGAACACUCUAGCGAACUGCCCGAUGGAUUAUUUUACGAGGGAGUACUUCCGGCCAGAGAAACACUGAAAAGCCCAUCCGAGCAUUGCCCUAUUUAUGGAGUGAAGGGGGUUUAUGCCAAUAAAUUCGACUGCCCGUACCCGGUACAAGACUCAGUUGAAAACUUGGCAACUGUCUUUGCUGGGAUAAAAAUUGAGGGAACGUACCGGAAAUACGCGGGCGCCAGCGCGGGGCAAAGUUCAUUGAUCCACUCUCUGGACGUGGCGCUGGGCAUCUUGCACCAUCCAACAAAGAGCACAAAGACUUCGCCGCCACUCUCGCCGACUGAGCCGCAUGCGAACGGCAAAAGCAGCAAACCUCCCAUCAACCAUAUUCACGAAAUGCGCAAGUACAUGCCAGGUCCCCACCGAGAGUUCAUCUACGCAUUGGAGCGCGCUCCGUCUAUACGAGAUUUCGUCAAUGAACUCGUCAACACCCCCAGCUACGAUCCAGCCUUGUCUGAUGAAGUAAGUCGGAUGUACAACCGAUGCGUGGAAGGAAUGCGAGCGUUCCGCGAUCGACAUCUCCAAGUUGUCGCGACGUACAUUGUUGUUCAGGCGCGGAAGAAGAAGGAAGUUGGACAUUUGGACGUUCCACAAGCGUCGCAGAGUUUGCGGGUACAACAGUCGUUGCAGGCACGGGGAACAGGGGGUACGGAUCUUAUCCCCUUCCUGAAGCAGAGUAGAGACGAAACGAGUGAGGCUCGUGUUCAGUUAGACAUUUAAGCAUUUGGAUCAUUUGACGGAGCAUACAGCGUAAAAACAAGCAUGUUAGGGUAGGAGUAGAGUGGUAGAGCAGAGUAGAGAGGUACGGUGUUCUUGGACACGGGGACGGAUAUCAAGUCAAGCAUUUAAACUUGCCACGCAUUGCAAGCCGAAUGUGGAGGGGCCAUAUGGCAACUCUUGUACAGCUUUUUUUUUUGGCGGGUCAAUGCAAUGGCGAUCUUAUCUAUUCAUCAAUUAAAACAUGCCAUUAUCCCCACAGCAAGGUGCAGGAUAACCACACCACGUCUAUUUGCAUACAAAUCUUGAUAUAUAAAAAUACAGCUAACGACGAUGCUAUAUAUCUC